ACCGAGCCACAGCGCAGAAUUCGACGCCUAUGCCAGUCUGCUCCCGAACGCCGGUCGCGAACGUUCUGUGCUAGCAAGUUAUUCGUCACAUGCAGUUCUUGAUUUAACACCACCUGGCCCCCGGAUUACCUACUCGUCUUCAAAAUGGGGGAGCAUGGCCGAACCGAUUCAUACCGUGUGGCCACCAUACCAACUGUGGAUGAUAACAAAACAGCCGAUGGUAGAUUCAAGUCACGAAGGAAAAUGAAGAAACAGAGGAAAGCGGACGAUUUGGACGAUUUGAAACAAGAAUUAGACAUCGACUAUCAUAAAAUUUCACCAGAAGAACUAUAUCAAAGAUUUCAAACUCACCCUGAAAAUGGCCUCAGUCACGCAAAAGCGAAAGAAAACCUAGAAAGGGAUGGACCCAACGCCCUUACUCCCCCCAAAACAACCCCCGAAUGGGUGAAAUUUUGUAAGAAUCUAUUCGGUGGUUUCGCCCUAUUAUUAUGGAUUGGUGCUAUACUCUGCUUCAUAGCAUAUUCUAUUCAAGCUUCUACUGUAGAAGAGCCAGCUGAUGAUAAUCUAUAUCUUGGCAUCGUAUUAGCUGCCGUUGUUAUCGUUACAGGUAUAUUUUCAUAUUAUCAAGAAAGUAAAAGUUCGAAAAUUAUGGAGUCCUUCAAAAACAUGGUACCUCAGUUCGCUACUGUACUUAGGGAAGGAGAAAAACUCACCCUUCGUGCAGAAGACUUGGUACUAGGCGAUGUGGUAGAAGUGAAAUUCGGUGACAGGAUCCCGGCCGAUAUUAGAAUCAUCGAAUCACGCGGUUUCAAAGUGGACAACUCCUCCUUGACUGGUGAAUCCGAACCCCAAAGCCGUAGCCCCGAAUUCACCCACGAGAACCCGUUGGAAACCAAAAAUCUAGCAUUCUUUUCUACUAACGCCGUUGAAGGCACCGCCAAGGGCGUUGUUAUAAGUUGUGGCGACAAUACAGUGAUGGGCAGAAUUGCCGGUCUUGCCUCCGGCUUGGACACGGGCGAAACUCCCAUCGCAAAAGAAAUUCACCAUUUCAUCCACCUCAUUACUGGCGUAGCCGUAUUCUUAGGAGUCACAUUUUUCGUCAUCGCAUUCAUAUUAGGAUAUCACUGGUUGGACGCUGUUAUUUUCCUUAUCGGUAUCAUUGUGGCCAACGUACCAGAAGGUCUGCUUGCCACAGUAACAGUAUGUUUGACACUUACUGCAAAGAGGAUGGCUUCUAAGAACUGUUUGGUGAAAAAUCUCGAGGCCGUCGAAACUUUGGGAUCAACCAGCACAAUAUGCUCUGACAAGACUGGAACUUUGACACAAAACAGAAUGACUGUAGCGCAUAUGUGGUUUGAUAACCAAAUUAUCGAGGCUGACACGACAGAAGAUCAAUCCGGUGUACAGUAUGAUAGGACAAGUCCAGGAUUCAAGGCUCUAUCUCGAAUUGCCACCCUAUGUAAUAGAGCUGAAUUCAAACCAGGACAAGAUAAUGUCCCAAUAUUGAAACGUGAGGUUAACGGUGAUGCCUCAGAAGCUGCCCUUCUCAAAUGUAUGGAAUUGGCACUUGGAGACGUUAUGUCAAUCCGUAGAAAGAACAAGAAGGUAUGCGAAGUACCCUUCAACUCGACGAACAAAUACCAAGUUUCUGUUCACGAAACUGAAGAUUCUAGCGACCCACGUCAUCUCAUGGUAAUGAAGGGAGCGCCAGAAAGAAUUUUGGAGAGAUGCAGCACAAUCUUCAUUUGUGGAAAAGAGAAGGUACUCGAUGAAGAGAUGAAAGAAGCGUUCAACAAUGCAUACUUGGAACUUGGAGGCUUGGGCGAGAGAGUACUCGGUUUCUGCGACUACUUGCUUCCUAGCGACAAAUUUCCUCUUGGAUUCAAGUUCAACUCAGACGACCCCAAUUUCCCUAUCGAUGGCUUGAGAUUUGUCGGACUCAUGUCCAUGAUUGAUCCUCCAAGAGCUGCUGUACCCGACGCUGUUGCCAAAUGCCGAAGUGCAGGAAUCAAAGUCAUCAUGGUCACUGGAGAUCAUCCAAUCACUGCCAAGGCUAUUGCCAAGUCCGUAGGAAUCAUUUCUGAAGGAAACGAAACUGUGGAAGAUAUCGCGCAAAGACUCAACAUCCCUGUAUCUGAAGUCAAUCCAAGAGAAGCGAAGGCAGCUGUCAUUCACGGAUCUGAUCUUAAGGAUCUAUCAUCUGAACAAUUGGACGAAAUUCUUAGAUAUCAUACUGAGAUCGUGUUUGCUAGAACUUCCCCACAACAGAAACUCAUCAUUGUUGAAGGUUGCCAGAGGAUGGGAGCUAUAGUAGCCGUAACUGGUGAUGGUGUUAACGACUCGCCUGCUUUGAAGAAAGCCGAUAUCGGUGUUGCUAUGGGCAUAGCCGGCUCUGAUGUAUCGAAACAAGCGGCAGAUAUGAUCCUUCUGGACGAUAACUUUGCUUCGAUUGUUACUGGAGUAGAGGAAGGACGUCUUAUUUUCGACAACUUGAAGAAAUCGAUUGCCUAUACUCUAACCUCGAACAUUCCCGAAAUAUCUCCUUUCCUUGCAUUCAUCUUGUGUGAUAUUCCUUUGCCUCUAGGUACUGUUACCAUUCUCUGCAUCGAUCUUGGAACUGACAUGGUACCAGCCAUUUCUUUGGCUUACGAAGAAGCUGAGUCGGAUAUAAUGAAGAGGCCACCAAGGGAUCCAUUUCAUGAUAAAUUGGUCAAUUCUAGGCUGAUCUCAAUGGCUUAUGGACAGAUCGGCAUGAUUCAAGCUGCUGCUGGAUUCUUCGUCUAUUUCGUUAUAAUGGCUGAGAAUGGAUUCUUGCCGAUGAAAUUAUUCGGAAUCCGUAAACAGUGGGACUCUAAAGCCAUCAACGAUUUGACUGAUUCAUAUGGUCAGGAAUGGACCUACCGUGACAGGAAGACCUUGGAAUACACCUGCCACACAGCUUUCUUCGUCUCCAUUGUCGUUGUACAGUGGGCUGAUUUGAUCAUCUGUAAGACUAGACGUAACUCGUUGAUCCACCAAGGAAUGAGGAAUUGGGCUCUGAACUUCGGUCUCAUUUUCGAAACUGCUCUUGCUGCAUUCCUGUCUUACACCCCAGGCAUGGAUAAAGGUCUUCGCAUGUUCCCAUUGAAAUUCGUGUGGUGGUUACCUGCAAUUCCAUUCAUGUUGGCCAUCUUCAUCUACGAUGAAACGAGAAGGUUCUACUUGCGCCGUAACCCAGGAGGCUGGUUAGAACAAGAAACCUAUUACUAGGCAUUCAUCAUGACACUGCCAUCAAAAAGGUGGACGUUGAAGCUUGUGAUGUCCGGAUCCAAAAUCAACACAAGCUUUUCCCCCCACCUAGUGUUGUACAAAUCCUGUUGCUAAUUUUAGUACAUCAGUUGCUUAAGCAAUCUCAACGUACGUACCAAGCGCGCGUGAAUAGAUGGCACUGCAUUUACCCACUCUCUUCGUUGUGCUUGGAUUUUCGCGCGCGUCCCGAUCGUACAUUGGGCAGAGUUACUAUGUCAACCCUGCGCCAUUUUGGGUCGAUAGACAACGCAAUGGGUUUAAACAUUCCAUUAACAAGUUGCCUUAGCGCCUUCUGUUGAUCCGUUCAAAACAGAAGGAAAAGGCGAGGCAUUAGCGUUGAUGUAAAUGAACGAGUUAGUAUUAUUUAUAGGCUUUCAACUCUUAGGUUAGCUAGAUUGUAAAUGUGCUGUUACAUCGUGUUAAGUGUCAUAUGAGUCGUGCUCAAUAUACAUGACUAUUACCUUCACGAUUUAAACGUUUGACAUUCAUUAUGUUUGUUUGUAUAUAAUUUAUCCAUGAAAAAAAAGUUUUGAGGAUUGGUGUUGUUCUCUACAAAAUUGAUAUUACUGUUACUGAUUGCAUAAUUACGAACAAAAUCAAUCCACUUUCUUAUUAAUUGUUACAUGAUGACAUCUUGAAGUCAUAUUCUCUGAAGGUCUGCUUUGGUAGAACCCUAUUUUUUCAUAAGGAUCGUCUCGUGCUGGUCUGUGACCAGCCUAACUGGAAUAUUGUUAUAUUGUAAAUAUUUUUCAGUCAUCACUUAUUUGAUUUGCUUGUGUUUUUCCACCUUCAUGUUUCAUUAGUAUGUAACAAAGAUGUAAAAAUUUGGGUUUUAAUAAAAUGGAUAAUAGUAUAUUACAAA